CCCACCAAGAGGAGCCAGCGGACUGGCAGGCAGGCGAGCCCGCAGCUGGGAGCCAAGAAGGCAACCGCUGAACGCUCGCCAGGGCCGCAGCGGGGGCGAGGGGGGUGCCCCGGGCGUUGGCACUCGGGUGCGCGCCUGCGUCUCUGACUGGGAUGCGGUGAGGACGCUGGUGUGCCUGACGCUAGUCAUUCAACAGCUGGCCUCUGGGGCAACAGUCGCAGGGAGAGCCUGGGAGUGUUGAUGGUUGCGACUGCGGCGACUGGAGGAAGGCGGCGGCGGUGGCAGCGGUGGCUGCAGUGCCGCUACCCCAGCGGAACCCGGAGUGCAGGCGCUACGGUUCCCGAGGCUCUCGGCAUUGUUCUUUGAACGUGACUCAUCAUUGUAACUCCCAAGUGUCUUAACCAGAGUAUCUGUUUGAAUGAUCCCUGGUUAAGAUGCCACAACCCAGCUGUUCACUAUGAAAACUUCACAUGAACGUGGCUUCUCCAAGCUUUUCUCCCUUGAUUACAUUUCAACAUAAGAAGUGUGAAGACACCAUGACAGUUACAGUGGUGUAUGAUAACUCGGAGGCAACAGAGCUAUGUGCAGCUCAGCACCUCUACCUCAAGCCUAUAGCCAAACUGAUGAUCAAUGUAUUGCUCCCAGAGAGUAUAGAACCUGUGAGACCCUUCUCUAACUGGGAGGUUCUUGACCAGCUGAAGAGCCUGAUUUGCCCUGACCAGUUCACCACAGUUCGGCUCUCCAAGAGUACAAAGGACUUCAUCCGAUUUGAGGGAGAGGCUGAAACCCGAAGUCUGGUUCAGAUCCUCAAAUCCAAAUUACAUGGGAAGAUCAUCAAGUUAAAUGGCUUGAAAACGGACUUGAAAGUUGUAGCUACCGAUGCCCAAGGAGAAUGGGAACAUUUCCCCAAGAAGAAAGAGGCCUCACUGAGUGAUGGAGCUGAAGAGCAGGAUCAUGAUAAGAGUCCAGACGCCAUCUAUUUUGCAGGCUUGCCCUGUAAGUGGUUUGCACCUAAAGGUUCCAGUGGAGAGAAGCCAUGUGAAGAGAUCCUUCGGGUAGUCUUUGAAAGUUUUGGGAAGAUCAAGAAUGUGGAUAUCCCUAUGCUUGACCCCUAUAGAGAAGUGAUGACUGGGGGGAACUUUGGGGGUUUUGGCUUUGGCUUGCAGACAUUUGAAGCCUUUAUACAGUAUCAAGAAUCCACCGACUUUAUAAAGGCCAUGGAGUCCCUUCGAGGAAUGAAGCUGAUGCUUAAAGGAGAUGAUGGGAAAGCUCUGGCUUGUAACAUUAAGGUUAUGUUUGACACAACCAAACACUUCAGUGAGGGAGCUAUAAGGAAGAGAAAUCAGGAAAGGCUAAAAUUACAAGAGCUGGAGGAAGAAAGAAAGAAAGAAAAGAAAAGAGAAGAGGAAGUGGCUGAAAGAAAAAGAAAAGACGAGGAGAGGAAAGCCCAGGAAAAGAGGAAGAAGGCCAGGGUCAGGAGGCGAGCCCCGAAAGAAAGGGACAGACACCGGCAAAGGAAACAAAAGGACAAAGCCAAAGCUAAGGUGCCUCAGGAGCUGGACUCUUCACAGGAGUGGGAGGAGAGGAAGGACCUGCUGGCUCACAGGCGGGUUGAGGCCCUUCGGUUGCUACGGGUACUCCUGAGGAAAAUUUCAGGAACCACACAGUUUCACUCCCAGAAAGUUACAGGCCCUGAAGCUAAUCAUGGGAACACAUUGGCAAUACUGGAGAACAAACAGUCAAACACUCAACAUCUUCGAAGUCGAGAAGCAAAGCUGGGAUAUCAAGUUGCCAAGUCAACUAGUAAAAGCAAGCAAAAAAUGAAGACAAGAACUGGGACUCACUUACGGAAAUCGUCCCAUCACUUUGAGAAAAAAACAGUACAACAUUCAAUUGGAAGUGAAAGGCCUGCAGAAUUAUUAAUGGAGGGAUGCAAUCAUAAUUUGUUUUCUGAUCAAAAUUCCUGGCAGGGUUCAAUGAUACAAGGUCAGUCUCUUGAGGAAGAAAACCACCACAGCUCUGGUAAAUCCUGUUCUUCCAGAUUAUCCGAAAGAGAUGGCAGCAGGCAACAGAAGAUCUAUGAGACAGAUGAAUUUAUCAACUACCUAUUGAACUAUUAUCAAACUCCAAAGUAUGCCCGUGUCUACCUAGAACCAAGUCACAUGGAAAGUACAUGUCAGUGGCAGAGGGAUGUGUACGUUAAGGGAAAUGGUUUUCAGAUCAGUUUGAGAAAACGCGGGCAUUAUUCAACCAGUUUGAACCAAAAGCAAAACCUGGAAGGGCAAGUACAGGUUCAAGAAGACAAUGACUGUCUGAAGAUAUGUACUCAAGAUCCUGAGCCUAAGCCGGAAAAGAGAAGAAAAGUGGAUUAUGCCAAAGAUUGUACUAAGGGAUUAGAAAAUGAUGACAAAGAUGCAGCCAGUGAAGCAGGUGAUCAGCCGCCCCCAACUGAUGGAAAGAGUCACCUGUCAGCAAAGACUCCCUCCCACCAGGUCGAAGAUUCCACAUCUGCAAGGCAAAGCCAAACUUCCUCAUCCCGUGACUCAAUAGACUUAGAAUUACAGUUGACUGAUUUUUUGGAGGAAAUUAGUAGUGAUUCUGAAUGCUUCAGUGAAAUCCUUAGUGUAAACAAAGAGGACAAAGACAAGUCUGUGGCCACAUAUCAUAGCUCUCCACAAGGAGGACCCUUUGACAUUGAUGGAGCCAUUACUUGGGAACAAGCAACUAGUUCAAGUGAGCAAAUUUUCAAUUCUGAGAGGAAACAUGAUGGUGAGCAAAAGUACUCUAAAUACAAACUGAGGACAACAGGCAAGAGGUCUGUGUAUGAACUUAGAUAUUCAUGGCUUGAGGGCCAUAGCAGUUUUAUUAGAGAUGAAAAGAACAACAGCCAAAAAAAGAGAAAAGCUAGUCCCCCACUACUUGUUCAAUGAAGGAUCCUACCAUGAAUCCAGUUCUAGUGAUCCAUCAGAGGAAAAUACAAGAAAGAGGAGGAAGUUUAGUACAUUUGCCCAGAAAGUAAAUUAUAUAUUCUGCCAUGUGCCAAUAACAUCAUCAAAAAGUGCUAAUACUUUCUACUUGGGAGAUUUUUCCAAAAGAGAGACUCCUUGGAAAAUCAGAAUAUAACUAGGAUGCAAAAGAAGAUUUAAAAAAUAGUUAAAUUCUAAAGAAUUCAUGCUCAAUCUGACAAUUAUUAUAUUAGAUAUAAUAAGCAGGAGCACACUGACUAUGGAAGUUGUUUACGAGGGAAAACUACCCUAUUUCAUUUUAUUGCAAAUAUUAUUGAUGACCACUUUAACCAGGAGCACCCUGAUUCACCAACAAACAGUUUGCGAGAAGAAAAUGUAAAACCAAAAAUUGUGAUGUAAUUAGAAACUGUGGAGCAAGAGAACUACACUGAAAAGCAUUAGCGGGAUCAAAUGCAAAAAUCUUGUAUCUCUUGCCAAAGUGUACAUUAAAAUGACUGCAAGUGUGUUGGCAAGCUUUCCAAACAAAACACACAGAUUUUGAAGCUUGGUAAAGCAGUACACUUGUAGUUCUUGUUCUAAGGACAGACUUUUUUUUAAACAGUCUAACUGCAACUUUAGUUUGGUGCCGUGAUGAAGAUUAAUAUUGAGAGGGGUUGAUAUAGCCCUUUAUGGCUCUUCAGCUGUCACAAUAUCAUCAUUCAGUGUCAUUUAUCUUCAAAGAUGACUACACAGAACAGAUAAGGGUCCUUUUACAUGUUAUUUGAUUUGAUCAGAAAUGCCAUGUGCAGCAACAAAUUUUGAUUUUAUUUAGGAUUAAGUAUAGAUAUAAGAGGAGAUAUGGACAGCUAGAACAUAUAGACUUGUUCAUGACAUUAGUGAGUUUUGUGAUCACUCCCUGAAAGAAAUUCAGCUUGCUGGAAUGUUCAAGUAUUCCAUGAGUUGUCCCUUUAAGAGGCAAAGUUUUGGAAGAACUCAAAAUGGGGUUCAAGUUGUCUUUUGAGACUUAAAUAGAUAAAGGGACCAUUAGCAGGGUUUUUUUUUUUUUUUUUUUAAGAACUCCAUGUCUUUCCAUUAGGGGAAAACAACAGGAUUGAAAGUGAUAAGCAGUGGGAUUUACAAAAGGAAAUAGUGAAAGCUCCUGGGGCACCAACAAAGGCACUUGGGAAAAGAGUAUGUGAUAGUAUUCCAUUUCAGGUUAUGUAAUCUUUUCACUCAGGGUUGGGUGACAACAGUUUGUACAAAGUCACCGAAUGUCCCCCAACUGACUUUUAUACAACCGGAACAAGUGCCUCCUCUAAUCCUCAGAUCAUGCCAUGGAGUUAGGAAGAGUUGAGGGGAAAGCCCAUAGUUUUCUAGCUGCAAAAAAAAAAAAAAAAAAAAUUAUACAUGUGCAAGAUUUGUAAACUCUUAACAGAAGCAAUUUAUCUUUUUACCUAAUUGUUUUGGACUUCUUAAAUAUUUUUAAAUUGAGGUGUUUUAUAGAUUCUUAAAGACUUACAUCUUAUUUAAAUGCAUGAUCUAUAGAAAGCUAGGCUGAUUCAUUCUGCCUUACAUUGGAUUUAGGACCUCAGGGGCAGUAGGGGAUCUUCCCCCCACCCCCAACAAAGCUAUCUAAACCUGACCUGGCAGUUGAAGACAUCAAUGAAAUUAGAAACUGUCUGCAAACUGCAAAAGGUGCAAAAAAGCAGUAAAAGGCAACAUUUUUCACACAGCAUGAUUCAUUUGCAUCUUAAUUUGCUUUUUUUUUUUUGCAGAUAAGUGCCAGCUGGCAGAGCCAGGUAAGACGCCAGUCUGUGUGGUUGCCCAGAAUGAUGUCACACAAUGUAUGCUCAUAACCAGCUACUUGAAAAACCUGGUGUCUGAAGGGGUUACAGUAAAUCUCCUUUUUUCAAAAAUGACUCAUUUAUUUAUGUAAUAAAAAACAAGAACAACAGAUAAGGGGAGAGUUUCCAUCUGCUGGUUCACUCCCUCAGUGGUCCUAACAGCCACUCUUGGCCAGCUGAAACAAGCAGCCAGGAUUUCCAUUGUGAUUUCCCAUGUGGGUGGCAGUGGCCAGGCACUUGAGCUAUCCUCUGCUGCUUUCGCAGGCACAUUAGCGGGGAGCUGGAUUGGAAGUGGAGCAGCUGGGACUGGAACCUGCACUUUGACAUGGGAUGCCAGCACGGCAAAUGGUGGCUUAAUGUGCUAUGCCACAAAGCUGGCUCCCAAAUCUCUACACUUAUCCCAAGAGCCACAGGUAUGCUUCAUGGGUCUCUCGUAUUCACAUUUUAAUGAAGGUGUGUUAGUACACACAAAAAGUCUGAAAUGAUGGCAACAUAGCAGAUUGCAUUUGUCAGUAAGAACCAAUGAAUGAAUGAUUUAUUGGCUCAUUUCCACUUUAAAGCUCAUGACCAUGCCAGGUUUGGCUUGUCAAAUGAAGAAUGGCUCAUGGGGCGAGUGCCUUUUCUCCUCUGAGGACUAGCAAUGACUACUAAUAUUCAAAGUAGUGUUUUCCAAAGUAGCCUUUGAAACUACUAACAGCUUGUGUUUUGUCAGAUCAACUUUCUGACAACUGCAUAUUGUUCUCCUCCAAUGAAAAUCCACCUCCUUAGUGUUCCAUGUUUUAUGCCAUUGAACAAAGAAAAUUAUGGAGUUAUAAUGGAAAGCAGCUAUGCUUGUUUUUGGGGAAAAAAAACCAUCAUUUUUCUGUCAUUUGGUGGCUUUUCGUUGUGGAGUUUUUAGGAAUAGAAACAAUUUAUCACUCGCUAAACAUAUGAAAUCUCAAAUGCAAAAUACAGCAUGUGCAAUUUUUUGAAUAAUAUAACUGGUGCUAAGUCAUUUCUGUAUAACAGCUCUGUCUUGUUUGUUUGCUCACUGUUGUCGUGGGACCUACAGAAAGUAAGAGUACUGGAUUUAUGUCUACAUUCCGAGCAACCCUGGGCUUUUCUAGCUGACUUGUGAUAAUGCAUUCUAGACCACAGUCGAUCUCUUUGUCUGCUUAGGCCUUAAGGGAGGAAGAGAACAACUAUACUUUUCAAUUGAAUGGCUUAGUAAGGAUUGGAAUAGAAUUAAAAAUAUCGGAACCAUCUUCUCUUCACAUUAGCCUAUUUUGUUGUGCUGUAAUUUCAGUGGUGCAGGAGUAUUUGCUGACUCUUUUCUGUGUCAUGUAAGGGCCUGAACUUUAAGCUGUCUUUUUGAUAAAUAGGUAUUUUCAUGUUUUUCCUUGUAUAGGCUGCUGCUAGUGCUGUAAGAAGCUAAGUAUCUGCCAAUGUAUUUUGGUUUCAUUUGUUGGAAUUUCUCAGGUAGAAAGCCAUGUAACCUGCUAAUUUUGGAAAUAAGAGCCAAAUAAUUGUAUUUUUCUUUGUUGCAGAAACUGUUUAGGAUGUUAAUUUUUAAAUAAAUGCUGAUAAUUCCACUCUGGGAGGAAAAUGUCUACCUGUAGUAUGCGGCUUUGCACUAAUGUUGCUGACCUUUCUUUUCUCACUUGCCUUGUUAGAAAAUAAUGCCUAUUUAAUUUUCAGAUCUAUUAAAAAUACUAUUGUCAUAGUGACUGUUGAGUCUGUUCAUUCAUCACAUGUGUUGGCUAGACUAUUGUACACCCACAUAGUCUUUAAGCAUUCAAAAAUUGACUUUUCUCAGAAAACUGUUUCUAGUACUGUAUUACCUAAGAGAAAAAUCUGGCCACUUUGGAGCUGAGCCAGUGUUUUUUGGGUUCAAAGAGCUCUGAGACAGCGAGGGAUGUAUGGAUGCGUGGCCUGGAUCUAAGAUUUGCGUGAAUUUGACCCUCUGAGGCAAGGGGCACAUUACAUUGUACAGAGAAGCUGAUGCUGAGAACGUGUAGGGCAUGCUGCUUGUAAGCCUCAAGUGGCAGCAAUGAGAACCAAGCAUCUCAGCAGCUGGUUGGUUGACAGCAGGUAGGAAGCACAGAUGUCCACCUGACACCUCCUGUUCGGGCCAUGCAGUGGUGUCAACAAGCAAGCUCUGUUCUUGAACGACAGCUUUUACAUAACAUAGCUUAUGCAUAUGCCACUGGUUUUGAGAAGUUUUCCCAGUGAAGCCCUGCUUUACAGUAAUAUCCCUUUGCAUGUAGUCAACAAAAUGUUGAUUCAGCCCUGAAUGGAGAGGAAUCAGGCUAUUGGGAUUGAGGCACUAAUGAAGCUUGGGGUAUUUUCCUUUUGGCACCAGAGAAGCCUGUUUAACUUUGUAAAAGGAGUAGCCUUAAUCUUCACAUGCAAAUGAGAUUUCAAGCUGCAAAGGUGGUUCAGGGAGUACAUCUAUUGUAAGAAAAUCUUGUGGAUUUCAACAAUAAAAUU